UUAAUCAUAUACCAAACCAGGAGGUGUCUUCAGUCUAGUCACCACCUUGUUGUUUUAUAAUCGUGCUAGGACGGCUCUGUACACGGCAUCCUGUCCAAAACUUUCUACGGCCACAUUUCAUUCUCCUCCAGCACAACACGACGAGCUGAAACUGAACAUGUUGUACUUGUUUUCUUUGUAUAGCGGGACGAUUUUUAUCGCGCUCUGUGCACAACUUAUAAUGGUCGUCAAGCACAGAAUUGUCUGGAAAGAGCAAUCCAAACGAGGAGUCAGCGAACCCAGGGCGAAUACAAGGGGAGCCAAUAUUGGACGUGGUACACCGCUGAUGAUGCUCGUUAUUGUCGCUGAGAUUGCACAUAUCGUGUCAGCAUCUAUCUUUGAUGCAGACGCUCUAAUAAUCCUUGGAUUUCAAAGUGCCUCUCUUGCAGUGAUUCGCGGUUAUGUGCUGCUGAGUCCAGCACAGAAUUUACGCAGUGUGUCUGCAGAUGCUGGUUUGCAUUUUCGCGCAUUCUCGCUACUGUUAUUGGCAAUUUCGUUCGUGGCGACGGUCUAUCGGGUGGCACACACGUUGUGGCAUGGAAACUGGGCAGUCAUUGACGUCACUAAGGUCAUAUUUGAUGUAUACCUGUGCUGGACGCAAUGUGCACUGGGCUCAGUAAUGGUGGGUGGGACUCCGAGUGGGGGUGUGUUGGAAGAUGCCGGGCUGAGGAGAAUUGGAUCGCUGAUUUCGCGUGCCACAUAUUUCUGGGUUUAUCGACUGCUUGUCGCCAAGAGCGAGACACCAGAGGUUGACAUUGGACAAAUCUCACUAACGCACACCCUCAAGGCAGAAGCCUUGCUGGCUCGGCUGACGAGCUGUUGGCGACAUGAACUCCGUAGCAAAAGGCAAUCUCUGGUAUACGCCAUCCUACAUGCCUUUGCGUCGGAUCUUUUCCUUACCAGUGGGCUGCGCCUUCUUGUUGGCAUAUGUGGAAUAUCCAAACCACUUUUGUUGUCACGUUUACUGCACGAACUCCACACUGACGGAUCUGGUAGCGUGUAUGGGAUCCUGGUCGCGUAUAAUGCCCUGUCGAUUGGCAGCACCAUCCUAGAACAGAACCUGAUUGAUAUCCGCGACACAACCAAACUGAUGCUGCGCACGGUUUUGACGGCGUCCGUCCACAAGCAGGCGAUCGACAGACCAAAUCUUGCGCUGGUAGCCGAAGCAGAGGGCACAAAUCUUCAGCUAUGUGGGAUGCAGAGCUCGAAAGUUCUCGCCGAGCAUAUUAUCAGGUUGUGCGAGUCCAUAUGGCUACCCUUGCGUGUUGUAGUUGGGGUUUAUAUGUUUUACACGCAGGUUGGAUGGGCUGUUGCGGUUGGCAUAUUUACCAUCCUGAUGUACUUCCCAGUGCGCGUGCAUAUCUUGGACAAAAUCGACAACUACCAUAAGGCAUCUGGGGCAGCGACAAGCAGGCGUACCUCACUAUUGACGCAACUCAUUGAGAAUAUUGUUCCUUUGCGUAUGCUCGGGUGGGAAAGGUAUCUUGUCCGGCAGAUACAGACAAUACGCGAAGGAAACGAGCUCGGUUCAGCCAUCUCUUCUACCGUUAUGGACGAGCUGUUGAAGGUGGUAUAUACCACCUGCUUUCAGAGCGGUCCUGUUAUCUCGUUGCUUAUCUACAGUAUAGUAGUUAGCCGACUAGCUGAUCCCAGCAGCGGUGGGCUACCGGGUGUUGAGCACAUUUCAGCAGAGCAUGUUGUCCUUGUACAUGCGAUAUUACAGGAGCUAUUUUUGUUACUACUCGAUGUUCCAAAAGCAUGGGAUAGCUGGAUAUCAGCAAAGCUGCCAUGUGAGCAUGUCCGUAGUUUGCUACUCGACGGAACCGAUGACCUGAUGACUCAAGGAACACGCACCGCUGGCGAGUCCAACGAAAAGUACAGAGUCGAGAUAUCCUCGGGAGUGUUCAGAUGGCGGACAGCUUCCACACCAGAAGGCAGCAGCACAGGCUCAAACCGAGGCGCUAUUCGUGUCAAUUUCAAGUGCGAGCCGGGCCAAAUGAUUGCAGUGGCAGGCAAAGUCGGCGCCUGCAAAUCGUCGCUGCUAUCAGCGAUCCUCGGCGAAAUGGACCACAUCAGCGGCACGAUGCUUCGACCAUCCUCUGGCAUCGCAUAUGUGUCGCAGGAGCCGUGGCUCAGCAACAGCACAAUUCGCGCCAAUGUCACCUUCGGCAGGGACCUUGACCCCCAGUGGUACGCCAGAGUCAUCGACGUAUGCGAGCUGCAGUACGACCUUGACAGGAUGUCUGAUGGCGACCAGACGGUUGUUGGAGACAACGGAAUCGCACUGUCUGGCGGACAGCGACUGCGCAUUGCUCUGGCACGAGCAGUCUAUGCUAAGGCUGAGCUGUAUCUGCUCGACAACAUUUUCUCGGCGGUUGACGUGCAUGUGGGCAGCCGGUUGUUUGCCAACGUUGUCUCGAGUGCAACAGGCCUGCUCAAGCAUACAUCGCGUAUCAUCAUCUCCAACGAGGUCAAUGUGUUGGCGCAAGCAGAUGCGGUCAGCCUGGCUAUCGACGGCGAGAUCCACAGCCCAGUCCCAUUUGGCACGCUCAUCUCGCAGUCCAACGAACUGCGCACACUAUCAGGGUUUAACAAGAAUCCUGGUCCUGGCAUUCCAUCGCUGCUAGUACCUCUGACUUCGCAGUCGCAUCGCUUGUCUGAAUCUCCAGAUGAAUCAUUGCUAAUGACGCCCCCUAGAAGUGCGCAUUCAAAUUACCCAGCAGGCAGUUCUACGAGCAACGGUGACCGAGGUAACGACGCAUAUGAACCGGUGCAUGGGGAAUCAUUCUCACAGCUUGUGACUAUAGUGCGAUAUGUCGUGCGCCGGUGUGGCAUUGUGGCCAUCCUGGGACAUGUUGUGGCAGCUGUCGGUCGAUUUUUUGUAGCCAAGAACACAAAGCUGUGGCUAUCGAAGCCUAUCCCAAUAAUCUCAACCGAGUAUGCUGACGCGCACACCUCGGCUAGCAGCUACAGCCCGACGUACGUGCACUUUAUUACUUGCCUGAUCUGGCUGACGGCUGAAUGCAUGGCCGAGUUAGGCGGAAGGUUGUGGCCCAAGAUUAUUUGGCGGCGUUCGAUGUUUAUCAAGACACACCGGGAGCUAAUGCAAAGCGUAGCCAGCGCCUCACUGCAGUUCUUCUCAGCUGUACCAGCUGGCCGCAUCAUUGGACUAUUUACUGACGGCCAAAUUGAAGUGGAUAAUAUGCUCCCAGCGAAUGUAGCAGACACCAUACUGAACAUCAUCCAGCUCAUGUUUGAGAUCUGGGUUGUCUUCAGUUUCCAUCCAGUCAUGCUCGGAUAUACUGUGGUGGUGUUUGGAUUGAUUCUGUAUAUUUUCCGGCUUAGCAGCAGACCGCUCACGGCAUUCGUCGCGGCAAAGUCCAAAAGCAACAUCAAGAUCCAUGACCUGUAUCAAGAGUCAAUCAAGGGAGCCACAACCAUCCGUGCGUUCUCGAACCAGCAGUAUGCCAACCGGCAGAUGUUUGGAUUGCUGGACGACCUGUCACGGGCGAUUCGGUCGGAGGAUAGCGUGGAAACAUGGAUUGACGUGAGCAUGUCGUUGAUACGCGAUGUAGCGCAUGCAGUUGCAUAUACAGUAGCAGCUGUUUGUGGGAUGAGCGUGGAACCGGAGAACCUGGCAGUGGUGCAUAUGUGUACGGGGUUUUUGCUAUCCAGAAUGCAGCAUUUUGUGCGCAAGAGUUACUUUAUUCGAGAGAAUAUUGCAAAGUCUGCGCGCUACAUUCACUAUAGCAGGCUAGAGCCGGAGCAGGCAGACACAGCAAAGUGCGAGCCAGUGGGUGAGGGCUGGCCAGCGAGGGGGCAGGUUGUAUUUGACAAUGUGACUGCGCGGUACAAUGUCGAUGGCAAGCGUGCGCUCAGCGGGAUGUCGUUCACUAUCAGGCCUGGGCAGCAUGUCAGUGUUGUUGGACGGACGGGGGCGGGCAAGACGAGCAUUGCCAUGGCGCUGUUUGGCUUGCUCAAGCCCAGUGAGGGCAGAAUCCUGAUCGAUGGCGUCGACAUUGGCACUGUUGACUUACACGCUCUGCGCAGCCGUCUGGGAGUCGUGCCGCAGACAUCGGUUCUGUUGACUGGCACUGUGCGCGACAACCUGGAUCCGUUCAGAAAGCACGCUGACUCAGAGAUCCAACGCUGUCUGAUAGCAGUCGGCAUGUCGGACGUUGCUCUUGACAGUCCCGUGCUUCCGAACGGCAGCGGAUGGAGCGUUGGUCAACAGCAGCAGAUAUGCCUGGCACGGGCACUACUGAAGCGCCCAAAGGUCCUUGUGCUGGAUGAGUCCACCGCAGCCAUUGAUAGUGGGACCAGCAAUCUCCUACACCAGCUGAUCCGCGACGAGUUUGCUGGCUGCACUGUCAUCUCGAUUGCACACCGGGUGGAGAAUGCGUUGGGCAGCGACAUGGUCCUGGUGGUCGAGGGUGGCAAGAUCCGUGAGUCCGGAACCCCAGACAACCUGCGCCAUGACCCAGAGAGCCAUUUUGCGCAGCUGGUCCAGCGGUCGGCCGAAACGAGAGAUCAGUCAGGAUCAUUAAGCGGGCCGUGUGCCACGCCAACAGAAUCCAACUAAAUAAGAACUAAAAAUCCUCAGGUCCCGGACCGCAGCUAUUU